CAUGACCCAAAAAGCCCACGCCCUCAUGACACCAAUCUUCCGCAUGCACCAGUGUCGGUCCCAGAAUGCGCUUGGCCAGGAUCGGAGUGGGUGGAUACCUGGCGUCCUCUCGUGUUUGGCUGCAUUCUGCCCUCAAGGCUGAGGCAUGGCUGACCGCGACCGGGAUCGCGACCGCGACCGCGAUCGCGAUCGCGACCGCCGCCGGCACCCCGAUGGCAACGCGCUCUUCGUGCCCCCUGUCAUGCCCCCGACGGACUGGAGCGGGCACUCGCAGGGCUACAUGCCGCAGCCUGGGUACCCCGGCUACAUGCCGCAGACCGGGUACCCCGGAUAUCCCGGCUACAUGCCGCAGCCCGCCGGAUACCCUGGGUACCCAGGGUACCCUGGGUACCCAGGGUACCCUGGAUAUGGUUUUCCACCACCUGCUGGCUAUGCCUAUGGCUAUGGGCAGAGCAGCGCUUGCGGUGGCAGCCAGGACUACGGCCGCGACCCUCGUGAUGACCGCGGCAGGGGCGACGGCUACCGCCUGGAUGACCGCGGCAGAGACGACCGCGCUCGCGUCGAUGACCUUGGUGGAGCGAGGGACAGGGAUGACCGCAGACGGCGUGACCCGCACAUCUUCGGUGACCAGGACCUCAGGCACAAGAUCAACCGCGGGCGCGCCGACGUUGGGUGCAACAUAUACGUGCACAGGAUCCCCGUGGAGUGGGACGAGCUGGAGCUCGCGAGGCGCUUUGACCACUACGGGGACCUCAUCUCCUGCACGAUCGUCCGGGACAAGGACACCAACGAGUCGCGCGGCUUCGGCUUCAUAGGCUACUCGGACAAGGAGGCGGUGAGGAAGGCAAUCCUGGGCAUGGACGGCCUGCCUGUGGGACCUCCGCUCGAGUUGCCAGGGAAGUUCCUGUCCGUCUGCCCGAAGAGGGGGGAGGAACACCUCCUUAUCCCGUUCCCGGACUGCUACCCGCCCGGCGGCACGUACGGCUCCGAGCCCCCGAACACGCGGGCGCCUCCGGGGGCCAACCUCUACGUCUUCAACAUCCCGCCCGACUGGAAGGACAUCGACCUCUACAGGCACAUGAUCCACUACGGGCAGCUCACAAGCGCGAAGGUGAUGAUGAAGGACGAGGGCAAGGAGGGCCGCGGGUUUGGGUUCGUCGGCUUCGUCAGCCCGUUCUCCGCGCAGCGAGCGAUAGGUGGCAUGAACAAUCUGCGCCUCACCUCGGACGGGACGGGCAAGCGACUGCAGGUGACGUCAAAGCGGGGCGAGGAGGAUGCCGCGCGGAAGAUCAGGCAGGAGAUAGCCUUCAAGGACCCAGCGCACCCUGAUUAUCAGAGACCCAACGAUCCCGAGGAUGAGGUGGAGGCCGGCAAGCGCAUGGCAGAGGAACUUGCAAAGGCAAUGCAUUAAGACCGCAGUGAGACAGAAAUGAAGAUGUGAAAAUAUUUGGUGUAGCGCACAGACGGAGGACGAGGAAAUGCUAUGGAAUAUGUGAGAGGAGAGCACCUCUGUGGUCAGUUGCCGCAUCACUCGAACAUCUGACGGUCUCGAAAACAGACUGGAAUGGCCAACGCCAGCUUCGGGGUACCACGAUUAUGCCGUGGACACCCUGGCUAGGGGCGGCAGAGAAGGUUUCCCAACUGGCCGACGC